AUGUUUUUAGUGGGGGUAUCAGGAGCAAGAUUUCCCAAGAAACCUGGGGGACCACUCUUGUCCCUCGAGACACGUCACUUGGUCAACUCACCAUCGAUGUCAACGCCCACGAGUCUGGUACUAUCUGUUGCAGCUCACUGCUGGACCAAACCACCGAAGGAAUCCACCAUCUGGUAUCUCUCACGAGAAACUAGCCAAAGCCAGACCUGCUUACAACACAUGUGA